ACAAAAACCCACUCACGCUCUUUCAUUUCUCACAUUUUCAUCUUCACUCUCAAAAACCCUUUCUCUUCUUCUUCUCUCUAACCGUUUUCUCUCUCUUCGAAGUUCAAUCACCGUUUCACCAUGCCGAAAGCUGUUUCCGACGCCAAACCUGCUGAUAACCGGUUGAAGCGCAAGGGCGCAGGUACUGGAACCAAGCAGUCGAAGAAAGCUAAGGAUCCUAACAAGCCUAAGAGGCCUCCAAGUGCUUUCUUCGUUUUCAUGUCUGAGUUCAGAGAGAGGUUCAAGAAGGAGAAUCCAAGCAACAAGUCCGUUGCUGUGGUUGGGAAAGCCGGUGGAAAGGAAUGGAAAGCUCUGUCUGAUGCUGAUAAGGCUCCAUUCAUUGCUAAGGCUGAUAAAUUGAAGGAGGAGUAUGAGAAAACAAUGCGUGCUUACAAUAUGGGAAUUACUGAGAAGAAUGCUUCGGAGGAAGAAGGAUCUGAGAAGUCCAAGUCUGAAGUGAAUGAUGAUGAUGAGGAUGGUGAUGAUGAGGAGGAUGAGGAGUAAGGUUGGUGGUGCUGAAGGAAGAAGCGUAGGAUUAACUGCAAUAGAAUAAUUUUCAUUAUUAUAGGUUGGAAUGUAAUUGGGAAACUUUUUAGAUCCAAAGCUGUUUUGCGAUGAACAAACAGUUGUUAGGUUUAUAUUAGCGCAUAGUUUAAGUGUAGAUUCAGCUUCAUGAUCUGUACUUAAAUCCCACCUUUAUUAUUAAUACAGACUCAGUUUGUUAUGGUACAUUCUGUUGAUUA